AGCCCAGAGCCUACUUUUGCUUGCUUUCUCCUUUGUGUGUGGGCCUUGUAGCUGUAGGGCUAAGCGGGCAUCAUGGCUGCUCAGAAAGAUCUCUUUGAUGCCAUCGUGAUCGGGGCAGGCAUCCAAGGCUGCUUCACUGCAUACCACCUGGCCAAACACGGGAAGAGGGUCAUCCUGCUGGAGCAGUUUUUUCUACCACACUCCCGAGGAAGCUCCCAUGGGCAGAGCCGGAUAAUCCGGAGGGCAUACCCCGAAGACUUUUACACCCAGAUGAUGGAUGAGUGCUACUGGAUAUGGGCCCAGCUGGAGCGCGAGGCUGGAACCCAGUUACACAGGCAGACUGGGCUACUGCUGCUGGGAAUGAGGGAGAAUUCAGAAUUAAAGACCAUCCAGGCCACUUUGUCUCGACAGGGGGUGGAACACCAGUGUCUUUCAGCUGAGGAACUGAAGCAACGUUUCCCCAAUGUUCGGUUGGCCGGGGGAGAAGUGGGGCUCUUGGACAAGUCUGGAGGGCUUCUCUAUGCAGACAGGGCCCUCAGAGCCCUCCAGGAUGCAAUUCGACGUCUUGGAGGCCUAGUGCGUGAUGGAGAGAAGGUGAUGGAGAUAAGACCAGAGCGACCCAUCACAGUGAGAAGUACCUCCAGGAGCUACCAAGCCAAGAGCUUGAUCAUCACAGCAGGUCCCUGGACCAACCAGCUCCUCCGCCCCCUGGGAAUUGAGCUGCCUCUCCAAACCCUGCGGAUCAAUGUGUGUUACUGGCGAGAGAAGGUUCCUGGAAGCUAUGGUGUGUCCCAGGCCUUUCCUUGCUUCCUGGGCCUUGGCCUCAGCCUGGCUCCCCACCACAUUUAUGGGUUGCCCUCUGGAGAGUACCCAGGGCUGAUGAAGGUCUGCUAUCACCACGGCAACAGUGCCGAUCCUGAGGAGCGGGACUGCCCGGAAGCCCUCUCGGACACCCGAGACAUCCAGAUCCUGAGCCGCUUUGUCAGAGAUCACUUACCUGACCUGGCGCCCGAGCUUGCCGUCCUGGAGCCCUGCCUGUACACGAACACCCCCGAUGGGCACUUCGUUCUUGAUUGCCACCCGAAGUAUGACAACAUUGUCAUUGGUGCUGGAUUCUCUGGACAUGGAUUCAAGCUCUCCCCUGUUGUGGGGAAGAUCCUGUAUGAAUUAAGCAUGAAAUUAACACCAUCCUAUGACUUGACCCCUUUUCGGAUGAGCCGCUUCCCUGGCCUGGGCAAAGCCCACCUUUGACCCCUGGCCAGCAGCCUCCCUUGUGUGCACAGGAGCUGGGAAUAAAGCCCUGUGGCUAUUAAAUGUCAGCUUGUUCUCCUGCCUCUCUUGAGUCCCUUGUCAAUGCCAGAUGAUUGAAU